UGAAGCGGCUACGUGGCUGGCAGACGGGACCGUUUCACUUUGCCAGUGCGUUAUUACUUCUUAUGGCGAUUGUCUACUCUCGAGUUCUGUUAACUCAAUUGCAACAGUUACGGAUUGCUCUAGGCAUUGCGUUGCAAUCGAAAUGGCAAGAGGUUUUCCAGUUUUUUGGAGAGGAUGACUACUAUUUAUACGUUUGGGGUUGUGUACUUUCCAUGCAAAUCCCAUUUUGGGGUGUUGGUAGCAUAUUCGUUUUAAUGGAUUAUUACGGUUGGCCUAAGUGCGUGUUCAAGUAUAAGAUUCAACCUGGCACUAAUCAGCCAGUUGAUUUGAAUAAGGUUAUUCAGACCGCAAAGGUAGUGCUGAUGAAUCAGUGGCUGCUCACCUUUCCCCUUUUGCACGCCAAUUACUAUCUGAAGAAAAUAACGAAUACCAUGCCAAAUUUCGCUGAAUUACCAACUUUCGAACGCAUGUUGAUAGACUUGGUUGUCUUCCUCAUAAUCGACGAGAUUGGACUUUAUUAUAUGCACAGAUUACAGCACCAUCCGAAGUUAUACGCAUCAGUACACAAAAAACAUCAUGAAUGGCAUGCUCCCAUCGCCAUCGUUUUUACAUACAGCACUCCAAUUGAGUAUAUCAUGACAAUCAUUCCGGUCAACAUAGGCCCGAUGAUUAUGAAUCCUCACAUAGUCACGUUAUGGGCGUGGUACGCACUAGUUCACCUGAGAGGAAUAAAGAACCAUAGUGGCUACGACUUCCCUUGGACUUUGUGGACAUCGGCACACGCACACGAUUUUCACCACAUGACAAGCAAUAGCUGUUUCGGCAAAUCGCUUGUGCUAGAUCGGCUGCAUGGAACGGACAAGGCUUUCCGUGUUCAUAUGGCUCGAAAGAAAGCGUUGGAAAACCAAGCCUUUCAAACAUCCAGCAAAUCUAAAUGACUGGGGUAAGCUGAUAAUCCUUUUCAAAAGCUGAAUGACGUCAUUAGUUACUGGAAUUGCAUGCAGUUUGUCGGGGGCAUAGCUUUACGGAUAGAACAUCAUGCAGGUUGUGAUGCACCGUAAAAUUUUGGUGGAACGAGGAACUUGAGA